UUCGUUCCCAGCAGGCCUUGCACACGGGAAGAUGGCGGCGUCCAGGUGGAGGUCUUGAGGAGACCAAAUCGAUAUGGCAUUGGCAUCGGGGCCCGCGAGGCGGGCGCUGGCUCGCCCCGGACGUGUCGGCCUUGGGGGCUGUGGGACCCCGAGACGGGAGGCGUACGAGUGGGGUGUCCGCUCCACGCGGAAGCCCGAGCCUCCUCCCCUGGACAGGGUGUACGAAAUCCCUGGACUGGAGCCCAUCACCUACGCGGGGAAGAUGCACUUCAUGCCCGGGCUGGCGCGGCCGGUCUUCCCGCCCUGGGAUCGCGGCUGGACGCAUCCAAAGUUCCGCCGGAUGCCCCCGAUUCACGAGCAUCCGCUAUACAAGGACCAGGUCUGCCACACCUUCCACCAGCGCUGCCGCCUCCUCGAGGGUGUGAAGCAGGCCCUCUGGCUUACCAAGGCCAAGUUAAUAGAAGGCCUUCCCGAGAAAGUGCUUAGCCUUCUUGAUGACCCAAGGAACCACAUAGAGAACCAAGAUGAACGUGUUCGGAAUGUGAUCUAUGAUGCCCGUCUCUGGCACUCCACUGAAGACAUCCCCAAGAGACAGACCUAUUGCCCAGUCAUUGUGAACAGUCUGAUACAGCUGUGUAGAUCCCAGAUUUUAAAGCAUCCUUCUCUGGCCAAGCGGAUCUGUGCUGAAAGCUAUAGGUUAUCUACCACCUGGAACCGAGAGUCUAUUCUCCUUCAGGUCCAUGGUACCAGUGGAGCCCGGCUGAAUGCUAAGGAGCCUCUGCCCCCCAUCGCCUCCAGAGAGGAAGUUGAAGCUACCAAGAAUCAUGUUCUUGAGACUUUCUAUCCCAUAUCUCCCACUAUGGGUCUUCAGGAAAGCAAUCUUUAUGAUGAGAAAGACGACACAGGGUUCCAGGAGGGUUAUCCUUACCCCUACCCCCACACCCUGUAUUUGAUGGAGUCAGCCAAUCUCCGACCACACCGCUUUCAACCAGAUCAGCUGAGAGCCAAGAUGAUCCUGUUCGCCUUCGGCAAUGCCCUGGCUCAGGCCCGGCUCCUCUAUGGGAAUGACGCCAAGGUUCUGGAGCAGCCGGUAGUUGUGCAGAGCGUGGGCACUGACGGACGCGUCUUCCAGUUCCUAGUGUUACAGCUAAACACCACCGAUCUGGCCUCCAGUGAGGGCAUCAAGAAUCUUGUCUGGGUGGACUCAGACCAGCUCCUCUACCAGCAUUUUUGGUGUCUCCCGGUGAUCAAAAAGAAGGUGGUGGUGGAACCUGUUGGGCCCACUGGUUUCCAGCCAGAGACGUUCAAGAAGUUUUUAGCUCUGUAUUUGCACGGUGCUGUGUGAGCCGAGGACCUGUCUGAGGCCUGAGGUCCUCUGCAGCUGCCCACUGGAUAUCCUGCACCCUGGGCCGAGCCCGGGGUCCUUCUGACAAUAAAGAGUGUGUCUGU